CUUUUUUUAUAUCCUGAAAUCUUGUUAUCUGUGAAGCUUGUGAAAAAUGGCUGCAGCACGGAAGUCAGCUGGCAUGCUAGCGCCUUUGAAGAAAUGGGCGUACAAUCUCUCAGGCUUCAAUAAAUAUGGACUGCAUCGUGAUGACGUUUUGUACGAGGACGCUGAUGUGACGGAAGCGCUGAGGCGACUGCCGGAACGUCUCAUCGACGAGCGGAACUUUCGUAUCAUGCGAGCCUUGCAGCUCUCGGCCCAGAAAACAAUCCUGCCGAAAGACCAGUGGACUAAGUUUGAAGAGGAUUCCAAAUACCUUACACCCUACAUUGAAGAAGUCAAGCGAGAACGGAAAGAACGAGAAGAGUGGCUCAAGAACCAUUGAACAUGCCUGUUUGUGAGGCAGUAGUGCAACAUUGUGGUUUGUUUUGGUACUACAAUCCUGUAGUGGUGAUUGCCUGUAAAUAUUUGAAAUAUUGUUCAUAUGUUUUAGUGUGAAUCCUGCAGAUAAGCUACUAAUAAAGUUUCUUCUAUGUUAAAAUUUUUUUUAUGUGAUGGGUAGACACAUGUACACUUAUCACAUUUGCGAUAACGUAAAUGUUAAUGCAAAUUUAAGUGGUAUAAACUUAUAAUUUUUAGAUAAUACUAAGAACGUUCUCCCAAAAGCUUAGAAUACUGUGAAUUUGACAUUUAAAAAUGAGUUAACAUUGAUUAUAUGAUUGUUGGGAUUCGAGAAUUGCAAGGAAACAUUGGUAAAUUCCCAACUUGAUUUUUUAGCUUUCCAUUACUUGGGUUUUUAAAAACAGACAUAGUGAAAAAUUCAUCAUUUAAAGAGAGUACACACAGAAUAUUCCUAGUAAGUUUUCAGUAAUUUCUUAUAGGUUGGGUUCAACUUCAAGUUAGGGGAAAGGUAUAAAUUAGAAACCAAAAGAUGCCAUCUUCAAUUUACCAAAAUUUUGGUAGUAUUUUGUUAUUGAAAUUAGUCCUCUUAAGGCAUUCUCUUAAGCUGUGUGUUGUUCUCAACAAAGCUUAAUUUUCAGUAAUAAAGUAUGAAAAAAAUAUUAUGGCCUAAAAACUCUUUCAGUUCCUAUCUCCCACUGAAAGAAUUCUAACUAGUAGAAUGGCUUGAUCUUCUGUCAUUUGUGUGUCACCAUGAAUCAUGUUAAUAGUUCAUAAUGUGUAAGAUAGAUUUUUCAGUGUGUGUGGUGAAUUUUGAGAAAUGUUAUAGUUGUUUGUUCCGUUUGUACAAAAUAUUUUAUAGCUUCAAGUUUUUAGAUUGUACAUCUAGUGAGUUUAUUUUACAUAUUCAAAAAUUUUGUUACAAAACAACUUGUACUCAAGCAUACUAUUCUUUUUAUAUUAGUGAUUCAUGAACAAAUAUUAUAAUUCAACCAUUUCCAUAUUAUAAUUUUUUACAUCAAGUACUAACUCAUUAAGAGACUAAACCAUUUUAAACAUCUUCAAAUUUUAUUCUGCUAACAUUACGAGACAUAAAUUAUAGGUAAAUAUAAGUAAAACAAGUUCUUGUUUUCUUGUUUGUACCAAUGCUUGCACAUGUCAAUGAAACUUACACAGUUCAACAAAUUUUGAUCAUGGUUUGAACUGAAAUCAGGGAGGCGGAGUUAAAUCGCCAGUUUCCAGUGGUAUUUCGCCUCUCAGCAACCGCUUCUUCUCUGCGUAAAUACGAUAUGCCACCUGAGAAACAGAAACCACCUUGGUGUUCUGUCCUGAUGCCAGGAUUCGUACGCCUCCUUAAUAUACUUAGAGUCCUUAACUUGUCUAAUUUUAUAAGGCCCCGUAAACAUCCUUAAAUUUCAUGAAGAAUCCUUAAAAACUCCUUAAUAAAGACUGAUUGCAAGUAAUGGAUAGAGACAAGAUUAUAUGGUGAAUUGCGAUAACACCGGAAAGCAUGUCGAAACACUGCAAAUGAAAGUAAUACACCACCAUAUAGCACCAAAAUGCAAGCUAUAUCAUGGAAAUCAAUAUCAUUUCUCCAAAACUUAAUUCAAAUCAUAACAAUAGUAACCUUUUGUUUGAAAUUCAAGGAAUGUGUUUCUGGACAAAUGAUUGUACCAAAUUGAAUUGAUCAGAAAAAUUUAUUAAAAUUUUUUUUAUUGUGCCUCUCUUAUUCAAUCACUUUUAUACCACAAAUGCUCAUUAUUUUUGUUGUUCUGAAUGUAUCCAAGACCAUUUUAUUACAAAUUAUUUUAUUGCAAAAAUACAGCAUAUAAAUUUUACAACAAUUUUGGUGGAGUAAGUUUUACAAAACAGCUUUAAUAGAAUAAACACAGUAACACCAAAUUAUUCUGUUUUAAAAACAAAAUUGGGCUAAAAACAAAGCCAUAAAAUCUUGUCUCUAGUAAAGGAUAAAUGUGUGCAUUUUAAUGUUCUUUUUUCUCCAACUUGUCAGCAAACAACGUUUGCACAUGCACAGUACAGUUGGCAAAUUUCGGGCCACGUGAUUAGAAGUUAUAUGUAAAAAAAAAUGUUUUGAAUUCAUUUUGCCUGUUUGAUCUUACCUUUGAAUUAAAAAUGUGUAUCUAUAUUGCCUUACUUUGAACUUAUAACUUAAGUGUAAUUAGUGAUCAAAUAAAAUGUUGGGGCUGCAAAUUUCAAA